AUGUCACCCAUGAAUGCCUUUCACGCCAUCCCUGCUUGCGGCUUCGCAAUUGCCUGUCUAGGACUGAGCAAGCUGCUGUACUCUCACUUGAGACAUUUCGAGCUUCUUGCCAUUCUUUGGUGGGCGCAAUUGGUGUUUCUUGGUCUUCUAACAUGGCUUUGCGGACGCUGUGUUUAUAGGUUGGCCUUCCAUCCUCUCGCCAAAUAUCCUGGACCCUUGAUCGCCGCUCUCACAGACUGGUACACUGUUUACUGGAUUGCUGAAGGGGGCCGCCAUCUGGAGCUUGAUAAGCAGCACAAGCGUUAUGGAAAACAUGUUCGCUUUGGACCCAACCGCCUCUCGAUCAAUUCUGCACAGGCAUCUAAAGACCUUCACGAUGUCCGCAAAAAGACCAACAAGGCCGACGCAUAUGCCUCUUUCAAGCGUUUCUUUGGGGCCGAGAUGUCUCUGACUACCGUGGAUCAUAAAGAGCAUACAUUCAGGAGGGCAGUCAACCAAGCCGCCAUUACGCCUGCUGCCGUAAAAGACUUUGAAGACCAGGUAACGCCUCACGUUGAGGACUUUAUCAGCAUCAUUGCUGAGGGGGCAGGCAGCAAGGCACAAGGCGAGAACGGAUGGAGUUCUGGCAAGGACAUGUCUUACGCCGUCGCUUUCUGCCUUGCCGACAUCAUGGGCUCUGUUACAUUUGGCCGGACAUGGAACGCCCAAAGGGAUCCCCAGUAUCGGCACUUUAUCAAGGAUUUGCCCAAUGGUGUUGCUGGUAUUCAUUUGGUCGGCCACAUGCAAUCUCUUUUUUUCGGCAACCUUCAUAAGUUGUUGUUCAAGGAGCUCAUCACCGGCGUGGGAAAUCUGAUGAAAGUGAGCAGAUCCUUCGCUCUGUGGCGCCUCGAGCAAGAGUCAAUGCCAAACAGAGAUAUUUGGGCAGCUCUUAUUGCAGCAAGGGAUCCCAAGACGGGCAGGAAAUUCACUACUGAUGAACUCAUCUCGGAGGCCAGUCUCUUCAUCAUCGGUGGCACAGAUGGCAUGAUCACUUCAACGACCGCAACGCUGUUCUACCUCACGCACAAUCCUCGUACUCUCGAGCGUGUGACGCGCGAGAUCCGGGAGGCCUACCCUCUGGAGGUCGAGGACAUUGGUAAGAAGGCCUUGGACGUCAAGUGUCCCAUACGGUUUGCUUCUGCAGAGCUCCAGGCGAUUGACUACUUGACUGCUUGCAUCGACGAGGCCAUGCGCCUUUCGCCUCCGGUGGCAAGCAUCUUGCCGCGCGAAGUCGGCCCUGACGGGCUCAUGGUUGAUGGCGAGUUCUUCCCGCCUGGUGUCAACUUGGGAAUACCGCACUAUUCCAUGCACCACAGCGGAGACAACUUUGCUGAGCCGCUCAAGUACGCGCCUGAGCGCUGGAUCCCCGAGGAGCGCAAGAGGGGGGCCAAGGACGGCUCCGUGCCUGUGUCGGGCAAGGAGCCUGCCACCAUGAAGGCGGCGGCUGGACACACUGACGGAUUCACCCCGUUUGGUGCUGGGCGGAGCAGUUGUAUUGGGAAGUACCUGGCCUACCAGGAGAUGUCCAUUGUCUUGGCGCGUCUUCUUUGGCUAUUUGAUAUUCGUCUGGAUCCCAACAGCAACUUGGGCGAGGGGGUGGGGAAUGACUUGGAAGGUCGGGGUUGCAGGAACGAGUUUCAGCUGUAUGAUCGGUUUGUGAGCUCCCAGAAGGGCCCGAUGCUGCAGUUUCGGUACCGAGAGGAGUUGAUUGCCUGA